UCAGCUCAACGACGCCGGGAAGUACCGUGUGCGCUUGCUGCUGUGUAAUUGAAACUGGACGGCAAAGUUCAUUCAUUCAUUCUUUGAGACGAAAUCUCACGUCGUCUACUGUCCAUUAUACGUUAGCUUACUCAGUCAGGGGUGUGUGUGUUUGUUUCUGUGUGUGUGUGUGCGCGUGAGUGAGUGAGGAGCAGGUGUGAGCCAUGUCAGUGUCAGUGAUCAUAAAGUGGGGAGGUCAGGAGUACUCUAUCAGCUCCCUGUCCGAGGAGGACACAGUGAUGGAUCUGAAACAGUCCAUAAAGACUUUGACGGGCGUGCUGCCAGAAAGACAGAAGCUGCUGGGCCUCAAGGUCAAAGGAAAACCUGCGGAGGAUGAGGUGAAGCUGGGCUCACUGAAGCUGAAGCCUAACACCAAGAUCAUGAUGAUGGGAACCAGAGAGGAGAGUCUGGAAGAGGUUUUAGCCCCUCCCCCAGAGAACGAUGAUGUGGUCAAUGAUUUUGAUAUUGAGGACGAGGUCAUUGAAGUGGAGAACAGGGAGGAGAACCUCGCUAAAAUCGCCCGCAGAGUGAAAGACUAUAAAGUGGAGGAGUUGAAUCCACCCAGAGAAGGCAAGGGCCUGCUGGUAUUGGAUGUGGAUUAUACACUGUUUGAUCACAAGUCGUGUGCAGAGACGGGUCUGGAGCUGAUGAGACCAUACCUCCACGAGUUCCUGACAUCAGCUUACGAGGACUAUGACAUUGUCAUUUGGUCUGCUACAAGCAUGAAGUGGAUUGAUGCCAAAAUGAAAGAGCUGGGAGUGACUGACAACCCCAACUACAAGAUUACCUUCAUGUUGGACAGUGCAGCCAUGAUCACAGUACACACUCCUAAGAGAGGGGUUGUAGAGGUGAAGCCCUUGGGUGUGAUCUGGGGGAAGUAUGGAGAGUUUUACAACAGGAAGAACACGAUCAUGUUUGACGACAUCGGACGGAACUUCCUCAUGAACCCACAGAACGGACUGAAGAUUCGACCCUUCAUGAAGGCUCACCUGAACAGAGAGAAAGACAGGGAGCUGUUUAAACUUUCGCAGUACCUCAAAGAAAUUGCCAAGCUUGACGACUUCACUGGACUCAACCACAAACACUGGGAGAGGUACUUAUCCAAGAAGCAGCAGCACCACUGAGGAGGGGUGUGGACUUCAUCCUCAGCUAAGACGUGGACUGGAUGCCUCUGUCCCUGCAUCCAGUUCUCGGGCACAUACGAGUUCAUUUCAAACCUCACCGCAAAAGAAUCCUACAUUAAUCCUGCAGCGAGCGACACUCGAACGCUCAGGACGGCGACAGGCUUCCCAGUUUCUAUACAGUAUGUGCAUGUUAUCUGUGUCUCGCAGAUGGUGACAGGAUUGUUCAAAAAUAUUGUUUGCUUUUACAAUGAGAGCUGCUGCUGUAACUGUGGAGGACGUAUAUAAAAAAAAAAGAAAGUGCAAUCUGGUGUUCAUGAAAUUGGCAGUUUAUUGGCAUACAUAUAUAUAUAUAUAUAUAUAUAUAUAUAUAUAUAUAUAUAUAUAUAUAUAUAUAUGUAUAAUGCUGUUGGGAGCAGUUUAACACGUAAUAUCAUGCAACAAUCCUAAAACGGUUCAGAUGGUCACCUAACUUUAAUCCAAACCCUUGACCUUGUCACACGCGUUGAUGGAAAACAUCAUCGUCGUCUGUCGUGACCUUCAUGGAAAGGUCACUGGAGUGAUAUCAGAGACACUGUUACGUGUUUUUUUUUCUCCCGUCUCUGCUGUGAAGCUGGAUGCACAACCGGAGACGUGUGUACAUGUUUUUGUUUCGUUGUUGUAGGUUUUUGGUUUUAUUCACACUAAAUGCACUAGACUUAUGUUGUGAAGAGGUUUUGAUAAAAAAAAAAGAAACCGUUUUGGGUUAAAUACAUCGACGAACAAUGUAAGGAUGUGGAAUAAUAACGGGGGGAGAAUACGACAGCACAAAACAUGCAUCUGGUUUGUUUUUUUUCUUCCUUUUGUAGCCUCUGAAGUUAGUGUGUCUGCUCACAGGAGAAGAGGAACAAAGAGAUGUUCCCCUUUUUUCAUGAGAUCUGCCUUCUGGUGUUUUCCCUCAUCACAUCUUUACAUCCCCGCUGUAAAUAAUGACAAUAAACCCCUUUUUUGUACCUGAA